GUCACCUCCCCCUGUGAGCAAGCUUGGUACAGCCCAAAUAGUUUUCAGGUUAAGAAAGCCAGAAUCUUUGUUCAGCUGCAUUAACUGAACCGAUUUUGUAGGGGUUACCUGGCUAGGAGCGGCGGCGGCUAGGAGCGGCGGCUAGGAGCGGCGGCUUGGAGCGGCGGCGGCAGAAAGUGGGAUAACUCAGACAGUUUGACGCUAUGGGUCCUCCUCUGAAGCUCUUCAAAGACCAGAAGUACCAGGAACUGAAGCAGGAAUGCAUCAAAGAUGGUAGACUUUUCUGUGAUCCAACCUUUUUGCCUGAGAAUGAUUCACUUUUUUACAACCGACUGCUUCCCGGAAAAGUGGUGUGGAAACGUCCCCAGGACAUCUGUGAUGACCCCCAUCUGAUUGUGGGCAACAUCAGCAACCACCAGCUGAUCCAAGGGAGACUGGGGCACAAGCCAAUGGUCUCUGCAUUCUCCUGUUUGGCUGUUCAGGAGUCUCACUGGACAAAGACAAUUCCCAACCAUAAGGAACAGGAAUGGGACCCUCGAAAACUAGAUAAAUAUGCUGGGAUAUUCCACUUCCGUUUCUGGCAUUUUGGAGAGUGGACCGAAGUGGUGAUUGAUGACAUGCUGCCCACCAUCAAUGGAGAUCUGGUUUUCUCCUUCUCCACCUCCAUGAAUGAAUUUUGGAAUGCUCUGUUGGAAAAAGCUUAUGCAAAGCUGCUUGGCUGUUAUGAAGCCCUUGAUGGUUUGACCACCACUGAUAUCAUAGUGGACUUUACUGGCACAUUGGCUGAAACUGUUGACAUGCAGAAGGGAAGAUACACUGAGCUUGUUGAGGAGAAGUACAAGCUGUUCAGAGAACUGUACAAGACAUUUACCAAAGGAGGUCUGAUCUGUUGCUCCAUUGAGUCUCCCAAUCAGGAGGAACAAGAAGUUGAAACUGAUUGGGGUCUACUGAAGGGCCAUACCUACACCAUGACUGAUAUUCGCAAGAUUCGUCUUGGAGAGAGACUUGUGGAAGUCUUCAGUACUGAGAAGCUGUAUAUGGUUCGCCUGAGGAACCCCUUGGGAAGACAGGAAUGGAGUGGCCCCUGGAGUGAAAUUUCUGAAGAGUGGCAGCAACUGACUGCAGCAGAUCGCAAGAACCUGGGGCUUGUUAUGUCUGAUGAUGGAGAGUUUUGGAUGAGCCUGGAGGACUUUUGCCGCAACUUUCAUGAACUGCAUGUCUGCCGCAAUGUGAACAACCCCAUUUUUGGCCGCAAGGAACUGGAAUCGGUGGUGGGAUGCUGGACUGUGGAUGAUGAUCCCCUGAUGAACCGUUCAGGUGGCUGCUAUAACAACCGUGACACCUUUCUGCAGAAUCCUCAGUACAUCUUCACUGUGCCUGAGGAUGGGCACAAGGUCAUCAUGUCAUUGCAACAGAAGGACCUACGUACUUACCGUCGCAUGGGAAGACCUGAUAAUUACAUCAUUGGCUUUGAGCUCUUCAAGGUGGAGAUGAAUCGCAAAUUCCGCCUUCACCACCUUUAUAUCCAGGAGCGUGCUGGGACUUCCACCUAUAUCGAUACACGCACUGUGUUCCUGAGCAAGUACCUGAAGAAGGGCAACUAUGUACUUGUCCCAACCAUGUUUCAGCAUGGCCGCACCAGCGAGUUUCUCCUGAGAAUCUUCUCUGAAGUGCCUGUCCAGCUCAGGGAACUGACUCUGGACAUGCCCAAGAUGUCCUGCUGGAACCUAGCUCGUGGCUACCCAAAGGUAGUUACACAGAUCACUGUUCACAGCGCUGAGGGCCUGGAGAAGAAGUAUGCCAAUGAAAAUGUGAACCCAUAUUUGAUCAUCAAGUGUGGAAAGGAAGAAGUCCGCUCUCCUAUCCAAAAGAAUACUGUUCAUGCCAUUUUUGACACACAGGCCAUUUUCUACAGAAGAACAACUGACAUUCCUAUUAUAGUGCAGGUCUGGAACAGCCGAAAAUUCUGUGAUCAGUUCUUGGGGCAGAUUACUCUGGAUGCUGACCCCAGUGACUGCCGUGAUCUUAAGUCUCUGUACUUGCGUAAGAAGGGUGGUCCAACUGCCAAAGUAAAGCAAGGCCACAUCAGCUUUAAGGUUAUUUCCAGCGAUGAUCUCACUGAGCUUUAAAUCUCCAGCUCCAAAAAGUCCUGACAGAGCUUUCCAUCCCUUUAUUUUCUGUCAGAUGCCAGGUCUGUAAUCUUUUGAAAGAAAAAUUAAUAGUAAUUAACUUUUCCUUUCUUCUGAUAAGUUCCCCAUACCUCCUGAUCCAAGUAGCAUUAGUAGCUACAUAACCUAUAUACCUCCAGCAGCUGGACAGGGGGAGGUAACAAUCCUAUCUGGAGAUUAUACAGAUGUUUGACAAGAAAAGAUCUCUGGAGUUUCCGGGGUGAGAUUUAAGCAGGACAGCAACAGCCUGGAUAUCAUACAGAUGUCUUUGCUGCUUUCAGGUGCCCAAUAUAUCUCCUCUGUAGGGCAUUUUGAAGAAUGAGGAGGGGUGAUCAAGGCCAAGCUGGUCUAGCCUGACAUCCCAGCUCCUGACUGAACAUUACAGAUUUCUCAGCAGCAUUUUACCCAGCAGUCAGAGCCUGCUUAUAAGUCCCCAGCCCUUACCAUCACCACCAGCACCACGACCACCUCCACUAUCACCAUCACCACCUCCGGAAAGUGUAGUACUGCCCUAACCUAUGUCACUCCCUACAGUAGGUGUUACCUUCAUGUUGAGGAAGCUUCCUGGGUGCUUAAUCCUAUAUUUAAUUACAGCUCAUUCAUAAAAUCUUAAAAAAGAAAAAAAAGAGAGCUGGAGUCCAGUGAGGCCUAGACAGUGGGAACUGCCUGAGCUCUAGCUCAAAGGCAGCCAGCUGUGUGCCACGAGAGAACAAAGGGGAAGAAGCUGCAGUGGGAGACAAAGCCUCUGUCCCCCACCCAUCCACACACGCCUACCCUCACAUGUGCGCACAUGGGCGCGCAUGAACUAUGAUUCAGGCAGUCAGUGGGCAAGCGGAAGGAUGAAUAAGUACCACACACCCUAAAAGUAUAAGAAAAUUCAUCCAGGCAUAGUACAACAAUUUUGGGGCCCCUGACUGCAAUGUGAAACCUGCUGCUGCUAGGUUUACAAACAAGCCUGUUGUCCUGUGCCUCCUAAUAUCAUUGGUACUGAAGACCCCAUCUGCGGGCUUAGGACUUUGGGUCCAAGGCUUUCCUUUCAGUUAGGAAGCUUUACUCCCUGGAGGUGUUUGUGUGCCUUCUUGUUUUUCAGUACUUAUACAGAAUUUUCUCGAGAGGCAGACAUUCUCAAAUGUUCUUCCCUCCAUCUCAUCUAUCAAAAUUCUACCCGUCCUUCAAGGCCCAGCAUAAAUGCCACCUCCUCCAUGAAGCCUUUCCUAAACCCCUCAAACCCUCACAUCCAACAAUAUUUCAAUGCUUCUGCAAUGAUGAAAAAAAUCAUAGUUGUAGUACAUAGUCUAGUCCAGCAUGCAUUCAUUUAAAAAUAUUUUGUAGGGUCUUUUUUUUUAGCUUGCUCAUUUCCUAUCACAUUUUUCAUUCUGUGUAACUUCUGCAGUGCCUUCACUACACUGCCUUACAUAAUCCAAACCACAAUA